UGCUUAAAGGGGUGGUCUUCGGGGCUGUGGGAAGGCAAGGCACUGGCACCAUGACGCCCUGGUCGCUGCCCCUGCUGCUGCUGCUCCUGGCCGGGCCCCCCGCUGUGCGGCCAGCUCCCCCAACCUGCUACUCCAGGAUGCUGACCCUGAGCCGGGAAAUCACCGGCGACUUCCAGAGCCUGCAGGCCACGGAGCCCUCGGAGCCAUGCGUGAGAUACCUGCCACGGCUGUACCUGGACAUACAUAAUUACUGCGUGCUGGCCAAGCUGCGGGACUUUGUGGCCUCACCCCACUGUCGGAAAGUGGCUGAGGUGGACACCUUGAAGGACAAGGUGCGGAAGCUGUACCUUAUCAUGAACUCGUUCUGCAGGAGGGAUUUGGUGUUCCUGUCGGAUGACUGCAAUGCCUUGGAAUACCCAAUCCCAGUGACUACGAUCCUGCCGCCAGUUCGUCAGCACUAAGGCAGCCCAGACCAGAGAAAAAGCCCAAGAGGAUCAUUGGGUCAGUGGCCCAGACCGAGUGGGAGCAGGUGUCCUUUACCGUAGCAUCUGAAACUGUAACGUGUCUCUCCACCUUCUGGAAACCAGGGCUGGUCCUCCCACCCAGGAACCUCCCUCGAGCAUAGAGUUAGAAGCCUUGCUGCUCAUGGCCCUUGGAUAUGUCUUGCCAGGAUGGUUAGAAACACAAACAUGCAGAUUUGGUCACUAAGAGAAAAAGGCAAGCGAGCUUCUUCUCAUUUAGGAACAAACAGCUAGCUUGAGAACAAGCAAAAUAAUGUGUUUAUUAUUGUUUUAAUGGAGUAAUGGUACUGUUUUUCUUUCUUGAUAGGAACCUGCUUACAUUUAACCAAGCUUCUAUUUUAUAACUCCCCCCACCAUAAACUUUCCCCACUUAAAAAAAAAAUUUACUGCUUUUAAGAUAUAUUUGCAAGGUUCUUACAUAGUACUGACAAGAACCACUUUUUCAUUGAAAGGUGAUGAAAAUUUAAUAAAGAGCAUCUUCACAGUGAGAA